CUGGCCCCGCCCUCGGCUCAUACCGAGCGCCGUGAGAGCGGAGUCGUUUUUGGCGCCAUUUCAUGCCAGCUCGGGUUCUGACAGGAAAAUGAGUUCCGGGGACAAUGCAGGUAAACAGCACCGAGUGUGUAUAAAGCCAGACUAGGUUAGAAAGGAGGAUGAAUGGUUACACGAGGACGGCCUGAGGGACUGAGUAUUGUGCAGAGAGGCUGUAGCUUUAGGCUGCUAGUGCAUGGAAUUAAAAUAUUUUGUUCCAUAACUUGGGGGCUCUCAAAGUGUACUUGUCAAAACCUUUUACCUGUAGGUUAUGCUGGCAGAAAUGCUAGCAAGUUUACAUAUUUUUUAUUAACCCCUUAAGGACACAUGACGUGUGACAUGUCAUGAUUCCCUUUUAUUCCAGAAGUUUGGUCCUUAAGGGGUUAAAGGAAAACCCCAAUCACUAUAACCACUGCAGGAACAUUGUACACAGUAUAAACAUUUCAUGUCAUUGAAGUGGUUAUAGUGUCCGGAGACCCCCUGGUGCGUACACUGCAUUCAGCGUUGAACAAUUUGCGAGUAGUUCAAAGAGACACCCAGACACACAAAGCACUAUUUGUCAUAUUUGUGACUAUUUAUGGAAAGAAGAAAAAAAAGCCAGUUUCAAUAGGUUGCUUACCUGGGGUCUGCCAGGUGCCGCUUCACACGUCAUCUCACAGCGCGGCGAUCAGCGCAUUGGCUAGCAGCGAUCAGCCGACUCUGCCAGUGAGCUAACCCUGCAUAGGAGCAUCUGGUUCUCCUUUUGACAGAGCAGAGGUGUGUUGCGGCACCCAGUAGACUACCGGUAUAGGUACUUAAUGGACUGGGGGACGGGAGGGUCCCAGGGCACUCCUGACACCUUCACUACUAUAGUGCACUAAGGGUUACUCUAAUUAUUUUAAGGAGGAGGGGACCUUUUUGAUCUAAUCUGACCUAUUGGGCACUGUGAACUAGGUCCUUGCAUCCAUUUGCACCAAACCCUUAAAUAAAUUAAACAUUUACUCAUCUGGAAUACAGCACCCUGCGAAACUCACUGCGCUGACUUCCACACCUUUGUCUGACGCCAUAUGAGCCUCACAUGGGCCAAUCAACGACUGCUCAGGGUGCACGCGCACAAUCUGAACUGGUGAGGGGAGUCAGGAUGAUAAUUUAAUAAUUACAUUAUUAAAAAAGCAAUACAAGAAGUUGGUGGAACACACACAGGGAGGGAGAGGAAAACUAUCAUAUGUGUGAGCUGACUACAGACACAAACUAUGCACAGAAUUCACAUUAGGCAGCCCAGAACAGAGUUCUGAGCUGCCAAUGUCACAAGUGCUAGAGGUGCAAGUAACACCCAGCACACAACUAAAACUAACAAUGUAUGUGUAGUAUUUCAAGGAGAAACACUGCACAUCCUGACUCCAACCACCAUGACCACUUAAAAUCACUAAAGGGGUUAUGAUGGUUGGAUAACCCUUUAAUGAAAUGCUAUUUUGGCUUACCUUCCAUUUGUUCAAAUUAUUAAUACAUUGUAAAAAGGGAAAAAAAGAAUUACAUUUGCUCCAGCUACUAAGACACAGACCUCAUUUUCAAUUCCAGCAUAUAGAAAUCUGCCAAGCCAUAUGCUGCUUAUAAAUGGAUUUUCAUGUUUGAGUACAAAAAAAAAAAAAAUUAGAAUUGGACUGUUUGAUUUUUUUUUUUUUUAAAGUGGUUUUGUUGUUUGAUGAGUAACCAGAUAUCUUUGGUCCACAGAAGAAAUUGAAAAACUAUAUGCUGCUGUACCUCGACUUUGUGACAUCUUUUGCAUUAUGCAGAAAAUUGGGGAAGGUAAGUAAAGAUAAAGUUUUAGCAUGUGUAAGUGAUCAUGCAUUUAAAAGCCCACAUAAAUCUAAAUCAUGCAUGUCAAUCUCGUGGGCCGCAUGCUGCCCACAAUGAACUUCUUUGCAGCCCAGUCAAUCAGGGUUGCCGGUCGAAGGGGCGCAAAAUUCAUUUGUCAGAUUGACAAGUGAUUUUUGUGCCCCCAGGCAGCGUGCGGCUUCAUAAGGGAACCACACGCACUGUAAACUUGGAGGGGAAGCGCAUAUGACUACCUGGCGCUCAGUCUGUCAGCGUGCCGCCGGAGAUUGAGAAGUCCCCCUCCCCGUCAGGUAAAACGGAAGGGGGGAGGGGGGGGGGAGCAUAUCGCUAUAGAGCAGAGCAUCUGUGAGAUUGCCUGAAAAUAGAAAAGGAGGGAGUAUGAAGAGCUAGGAUAUGAUAGGAGGGAGGAGGGAGAGAAGGAGGGAGAGACAUGGAGAUAUAGAGAGGGAGGAGAACAUUGGAUGAUGGAAGAGGAGGAGAAGAGGGGGAGGACAGGGGACGGAAGGGAGAGAUGGACAGGGCGGACCGGAAGGGGAAGAUGGAGGGACGGGGGGAGAUGGACGGGGCAGGGACGGAAGGGGAAGAUGACGAGGGGAGAGAGAGAUGGACAGGACGGAAGGGGAGAGAUGACAGACAUGGGAAAGGGGAGAGAUGGACAGGGACGGAAAGGGGGGGAAAUGGGUAAAAGGAGAGUUUGGAGGUUAGUGGAGAAAUGCUCUAGGUCAAGACAUUGGAGGUUUAUGUGAGACUGAUGUUCAGACGGUGGUGUCAAUUACGUCUUGGGUAUGACGAUGUCAAAAGUCAGCAGAUUGUGGUCAGAUAGAGGAAAAGGAAUAUUGGAGAGAUUAUGAUGCACCACCUCCUUUACAGUUGAGUCUGGGAGUGUGAGAGAAUUGUAGCCCACCCAAACAUAAAGAGGCAAGAGUAGUGCUAUCGGGGGGGGGGACAGCCCGGUAUCUGUAAGUGCAAGUAGUGUGAGUGAGUUUGAGAUGAAAAAGUUGUGUAUGGCUGUUGAUUUUAAAUUACUGCAGACGGAGCGAGCGUUCCAGAAUGCACACUGAACGUUGGUAAGUGAGGUUAAAGGGCAGGGUAUUGUGAUGAGGUUUUGGGGUUUCUGGUUUUCUUAGUGUGUGUAGAGAAGGUGAAGGACUUCCAAGUUCUUAAAACACAAAAAGUGUUUUAAACAACGCCGGACGUCCGCACGCUAUGCAUGAGAACCACCAGCGUCGCCGGACUCCCCAUAGGAAAUAAUUGAAUAAUGGUUCAUCAGUGUUGGAUUCAGGUAAGUCACUGAAGGGGUUUUAACUCCUUCAGCAACAUGGGUUGGAGGGUGGUAGGGAGGGGGGCACUGCAGGAUUCUGCAGUGCCAGGAAAACGGAUUUGUUUUCCUGGCACUGGAGAGUCCCUUUAAACCUUGUUUAUUUGGCGCUUGUUACCCUUUGAGUUUGACAUUCUUGACCUAAAGCAUACCCAAUAUGUUCCACUGAAAUUGUUGCCUUUUUCCUUUUUAAAGCAACACUCCAAACACGUUAAUUACUAGAUCACACUAUUGUGGUUUUGUUGUCAAGCGUAAUUUGUAAAACUGUUUUAGAAUGGACAGGUUUGGCUCUCUUUCUGGUGCUGAGAACAUCAGCUUAUUGCUCUUAUCCAACGAGCCAAGACUUGUACCACCAUACCAUAUGGUUUGACUACUUAUAUUGGGUACAUAGUGGUUAUGCUGUUUGUAGUGUAACUUUAGUAGAUGACGGAAAUUUUUCAUCGUGUGUCCUUAAGGGUAGGACAUGCAUGGCGGACAAUUUUCAUCAUGCGUCGUGAAGUGGUAAUGGGCGGAGGCAGUUGUGUACUUUCUGGUCAAAACGUAAACUCCUAGAAUUUGAUCUAUAUGUCUGUUCAAUUAUAAUUUACCUCUUUUUCAUAUUACGUGCACACACAUGUUAUAUACAUUUUGUUCAGGAGAAACAGGGCUUUCAUUUCACAUCAAAUAUUUAUAAAUGAAACAUAAUUUAAUAAAAUCUAAAAAAAAAAAAAGUUUUUGAGAAAUUAAAAAAUAAUGGUUUUCAAGUUCUGCAUAGCAUUUUAAAGGGAUACUGUAAGUGCCAGGAAUACAAACAUCUAUUCCUGGCACUAUAGCUCUCUUCCUCCUCCCACUCAGUUGCCUUAAGACCAUUUAGCAGCACAGAAAUAAAAAAUGAACCCUAGCUUUCAAUACGGACUGUAGAGAAGUAGUAUAGUGUCUGAAGAGGCCAAUUACGAUAAUAAAAAAAAACUUAAAACUCUUUUGUAGCAUCUAAUAAAGGGGCAGAUCCAGGCAUUGGUUUUUUAAGAUGGAAUUGGCAGGAUUUGGCAACAGAUUUAGACGUGAGGUGUAACGGUCAGUCCAGAAACACAGACAGGCUCAUGAGCAUAACAUCAACUUGCAGGAAUCGACACCAGAGGAUUCAUUUUAUGAGGAGGGCAGAUAAGAAGCUCUGAUUUUAGAAAGUAGGAGUACAUCCAGUUGAAGAUGGAAGCAAGGCAACUGUGAGACACUCUAGAAAAGCGGGUUAGAGAUCUGGGGAGGAGGCGGUUGUAAUAAUAUUCUGUUCAAUUUCUAUAUUCUGUGUAAUUCACGUAAACUUAAUUUCCAGGUACAUUUAGUUCAGUAUACUUGGCCACUGCAAGAUUAAAAUCAGGAGAAGAUAUGAAAUUUGCACUGAAGCAUUUAAUCCCCACAAGCCACCCAACACGGAUUGCUGCAGAACUAGAAUGUCUUACAGUUGCUGGGUAUGUGUAUUAAUGUCAUGCAGUAGAAGGGAAAUUAAAAUGUUUAAUCACUAUUUUUAAUGUGCCAAAAAGUUUGCAGCCCCAUACAAACGCCUGUUUUAUUUGUUUUAUGAGUAAUAUGUACUAUGAAGUUCAAAACCGGCAUAUUAAAAUAAAUGCUACAGAAUUAAAUGGUUUUUUUGUAUGUUUCCCCUGGUUUUGCAUUGUCUCAAUUGCAUUAUGAUGUAAUUUUCUUUACGUUUGCAAUAUAAAUUUAAACAAAAAUGCAUUUCAUGAAAAGAGCUGAACACAAGUUACCGUAUAUACUUGAGUAUAAGCCGACCCGAAUAUAAGCCGAGGCCCCUAAUUUUACCACAAAAAACUGGGAAAACUUAUUGACUCGAGUAUAAGCCUAGGGUGGGAAAUGCAGCAGCUACUGGUAAAUUUCUAAAUAAAAUUACCGGUAGAUCCCAAUAAAAUUACAUUAAUUGAAUAUUUAUUUACAGUGUGUGUAUAGAAUGAAUGCAGAGUGUGUGUUUGUGUGUGUAUAUAUAAUGAAUGCAGUUUGUGUGUUUGUGCAGUGUGUGUAAACUGGGUGAGGGGAGGGCAUUUUUAUUUAAAUUUUUUUAUUUUAAUAUUAUAUUUAAAUAAUAUUUUAAUAUUAUAUUAUUUUAUUAUAUUAUUUUAAUAUUUGCAUUAUUUUUUUAUUUUGUACCCCCUCCCUGCUUGUUGCCUGGCCAGGGAGGGGGGACAAAAAAAAUUUUAAAAAAAAUGCAACUAUUAAAAUAAUUAAUUAUUUUAAUAUUAUAAUAUUUUAAUAUUAUUUUAUUAUUAAAAUAAUAAUACUGAAUCCCUGGUGGUCCAGUGGCAUUGGCUGUUCAGUGGGGGGGCUGACAGAGAGCUGUUACUUACCUUCCUGCAGCUCCUGUCAGCUCCCUUCUCCUCCGUGCAGCGCCGUUCUGCUUACAGUGUAAGUCUCGCGAGACUUACACUGUAAGCAGAACGGAGCUGCACAGAGGAGAAGGGAGCUGACAGGUGCUGCAGGAAGGUAAGGAACAGCUCGCUGCCAGCCCCCAACAGGACCGCCGGGCUUGUAAUGAGCCCGGCGGUCCUGGUCUGUAUUGUGGCAAUUUAAUUGCCACAAUACAGACUGACUAGAGUAUAAGCCGAGUGGGGGUUUUUCAGCACAAAAAAUGUGCAGAAAAACUCUGCUUAUACUCGAGUAUAUACGGUAUGUUGAUUAUUCAAUGUUUUAUUCAAUGGUGUACAUUCCAGAGAAGUUAUCUUCCCUUUCAUGAGACAGUGUUUCAGAUUACGCCAACAGGAAAUAGUGAGAGGCAUUCAGGAACAUGUACAGGGCUCCUAUUGAGAGAUGUAGAGAAGCAUGCACAGUAGAGCCAGUCUUAAUUUAAAGAUUAACAGAAAAUAUAUCCAUUGGUUCACAUGAAUUGGAGCUUCUGUAAACUAGACCAUCAUGUAUUGUUGUGUUAUGCAUAAACCCCAGCUCUUCAUUUAAAGCUUGUGAGGAAACCAGGAUUGGGUAAGAGAUAUUUGGUUUAACAAAAUGUCACCUGAGAAUGUGCAAAGCCUAAUAAUUCUCUGCAAAAGAGAAAUUCAUAAAUAGUAAUUUUGUUUAACACUUUUUUUCUUUAUGCAUGAGUAAUGCACAUAAGUCUUUCAUUUUCUUAAAAUAUUUACGUGUGCUUUCUUUUCCCUCAAGAGGUGAAGACAAUGUAAUGGGAGUCAAGUACUGUUUCAGAAAUAAUGACCAUGUUGUUAUUGUUAUGCCUUAUCUGGAACAUGAAUGUUUUGUGGUAAGCACUCCCAAACAAAUUCUCUAAAACGUACCAGUUAUGCUUAAAUAGUAUUGUGGCAUCGUAUGUAUUCCUGUUUUAUCUAUUUUGUGACUGAAUUCAUCAAAUGUGAAUUGUUUGUUAUUCUAGUGGUGGUUUCUCUAGAAAAUAGUAUAGGCAAACAAUGUAAUGCUUAUUUGAUUCUCACGUUGUUCUCAACAUGUUUUGAAAUUGAUAAAUCAACUUUAUAUAUUUCUGAAAUUGUGUAUUUUCUAUUAAAGUUGUUUAGGUUUGCUUUGUUUGUUUAGCAGAAAGCAAAUUAAUAAAUUAAGAUUUCUUUUUUUUUUUAAAAAAAAAAUGUGCAAUUUGGGUAGUUUUUCUGGUUGUGUGUAUAUAUCUUUUUUUUUCUUCCUUGUCCAAGUUUAUUUUUCCUCUUUUUUUUUUUUUUUUCCCAAACAGGAUAUUUUGCAUUAUCUGAGUUUUGAGGAAGCAAAAGAAUACAUGUUUAAUCUGUUUAAAGCACUCCGACGUAUUCAUGAGUUUGGCAUUGUCCAUCGAGAUGUUAAACCAAGUAAUUUCUUAUACAACAGGCAUCAAAAGCAGUACGUUUGUAGGACAUUGUACAUUUUAUUUUUGGUGUUAAAUGUACUGUUAAUGACACACACCUAUGUAUUGUUUUUUUGUUUUUGUUUUUUUUUUUUGUUUUGUUUUUUUUGUUCUGACUAUCUCAGUCCAUACCUAUAUUUUAGAAUUUCAGUCUUGAUUUUACUUGGGUUGUAAAAUCAAGUGUCAUCUCCCAAAUGCAAUUUACACCCAUGCUAUCUAAUUUGCAGGGGCUACGUUGGAUUUACCCCCUUGGGGUAUGCAUACCACGAGUUGUGCAUUUUAACUCAAAAAGCAGAGUGUGAGUGUAUGUAUGUAUGUAUGUAUGUAUGUAUGUAUGUAUGUAUGUAUGUAAUAUUACACACACAAUAAUUGGCAGCACUCAAAAGACUUCCAAAAACAGAGUAGUAAUGCAUGUCCAACAUGAAGCGUGUUUCAAUGUGCUUUAAUAUGCGUAUAUUCUAUUUUCAUCUUGUGACUUUUUAUACUUAAGAUUAAUAGUUCACACCCCCUUAUAAAAUAUUCAUAUUAUGUUAGUUAUUUUAAAAAUAUUAUUUACUACCUUUUAAUAAGGCUUGUUGGCUGUAACGGAUCACCUGGCACCCCGACUGGGUACCUCCGUUGAAGGAUGCUCCUAAUGCUUACAGAAGGCUCCAAGCGCUCUGCAGACACCACAACCACCGCAGACCCCUCUAACCGCCGCAGCUUGGUUGGGGUAGCGCCAUCUCCUACCCACCCUGGACCUACGACAAGGCUCCAGGUUCCAGUGGAUGAACCUCUCCUCCAAGAGAGUGAAGCAGGAACAAGCUCUUAAAAGAGCUUAGUAGUGAUUAGCUAAGGGAGUAUGCAGAGUAUAGCAAUCCCUUGUAGUGAUAUAGCAAUUCCCCCAAUAAGAGACAGGACUCUAGAUUGAGGGUGAAGAACAACUCUGGUUUAAUGACACACACUCUGCUUUUAUGCAAUUCUCCCAUGCAAGGGAGACGCCCACAGACAAUUAUACAUAGCCAAUCUAACAAUGGUUACAUCCCACACAUUCCCUCCCCUUAGCCUGAGAGGUAACACAAUUAGCAGUACAGUUUAAAAUAUACUUUUUACCCAACUUUCAUAACUCUAAAACUAUACAUCCAAUAUUAAUAAAAGUCACAUAUUAUUAAUCUGCUCAUUCCAAAUACAAACAUACCCAAAAAUCAUUCGAAUCCGUUGAGGAGAUAGAUAUGUCACUUUUGACCGACCGCAAGCACAUUUUCAUGCCCAAAUCAGUUCCAAAAACAAGUGUUCAAAUCUUCGAACGGGACUUAGUCUCCAGCCGCAGUGUCGAAGUAGAGUAGAAGGUACGGGUCAGCGGUGUUCGUGCAAUUGGGUAGCCGAAAACAGUUCCAUAGAUUUGGCUGCACACACUGCUGAUCGUGUUCGAAUUAGUUAAAAUGGCCGCGGCCAUCACGUGUUCGGUUUUCAAAUGGCGGCAACUUUGGUACGUCGACUGCAUCCGAAGUGCCAGUUUAAAAGUACAAAUCCUUUCUCUGGGCAUUAAAAGGCCAGAAACCGCAUUCUAGAAAUCCAUUAUGUCCAAAUCAGUUCCUAGAAAUGCAGUACAUCCCGGGGCCAUAGUUGCAGGGCAGGAGGCCGGCAAACAGGUCCCUCCAAAAACCAGUGGCGAGGUUACUUUCGCCACAUUGGCAUGUCAGGUUAACUUAAAUAUCAAUGUCUACAUGUAAGGGGUACGUAAGGAUUUUUUUUUUUUUUUUUUGGCAGGGGUACUCUCUGUGUUAGUCUCAGCCAUGGGAAGUGUGGCUAGGGUAUAGAAACAAGUGAUUUUACUUCUAAAUAAGAGCAUUGAGAAGUGAGAGUGCACGGGCAUGAUCUAUACAAAUACACAAAAAUAAGUCCUGCGCUCAAGCGUCCACUACUGAGCGGCAGCAACAACCAUAGCACACAACAGCCCCAAUGCAUACAAUAAAAAACAAAGAAAAAUAGUUACGUGUGCACUAUCCCAAAUCCCAAUGCAUAUUUAACUAAACUCCAAUUGCCAUUAGAUGUAAGCCCACCUGCCACAUCAAGGCAAACCUCUUAGGUGGGUCAUAUACUAACAAUUCACUUUGCUUGCUUCAGGCAAAGAAAUCUCUGAGACCGAGAGGGGUAUUUUUCUAAACCACUACAUACUUAUUAACUCUUAAUAGGGAACACAUGGGGUGGGUGGCAGCAUUGUAACAUGGCUGUACGAUUUAUUUUUUUUGUUAAAAAAAGUAAAUAUAAAUAUGCAAAAAUAAGUCCUGCGCUCCAACUCCCACUACUCCUGGGCAACAACCAGCAGGGCAAAAAUCAGCCCCAAUACAUAAAGUAAAAACAAAAGAAGGAAAAAAGUUAACUGCGCACUAGGGCUAAUAGGUGCUAUGGUGGUUGCUGCAACCCAGGAGUAGUGGAAGCUUGAGCGGAGGACUUAUUUUUGUGUAUUUGUAUGAUCUAUACACCAUGACGCCAGAUCGCCACGGUUACUAUAAACUUCGCCCUGGCGUCUGGUAUUUGCCAGCUCUCUAGUGUGGGAGGGAGCUUUGACGGCUGCCGUCAUGGAGAAUAUUGGAGGUCGCCUCCCGCGGGAACACUGAGGCAACCGCCUUCCGCGGGAGCAGUACUCUGUUUGCAGCUGCUCUCUACUCCCUCGCGCUGUCUGAGGCCGGUAGCCAGAAUAUAACAUAAUUCCGGCCCUGGCAUCAUUACAGAGAGUGAGGGAGCAGAGAGGAGCUACAGGCAGAGUACUGCUCCUUCACACACAGGAAGAGAGCAGCCCCACUGGACCCCUGGAAAGACCCACUCAGCUCUUCCACAGGUAGGGAGGCUGAGUGGGUUUCAAUUAAAACAAAAAUGUGUGUGUGUGUGAGAGAGAGCCUGUCAGUGUCUAUAUAUGUGCCUGUCAAGAGAGUGUGUGUGUGUGUGAGAGCACCUGUCAGCCUGUGUGUAUGAGUCUGUCAGUGUGUGCGUGCAAGCCUGUUAAGAGUGUGUGAUCCUGUCAGAGUGUGUGUGUGUGUGCACACGUUUAGGUAAAUGCCCCCUCCGAUCGCAUGAGGAAGGUGUUUACUCACCUAUCUUCCCAUUUUCCCAUGCCGUGCCAGUUUCACCAUGGCUGAGACGAUUAAUCUUUAUGAUCUCAGCUAAGCCAAUGCUUUCUCUUAGGAAAGCAUUGGGAGGAUUUUAUGCAUGCGCAGCAAAUGUACCAAUCCGCAUCUCCUCAUAGAAAUGCAUUACAUUAAUCAAUCUCUAUGAGGAACAUUCAGCACCUCCACGCAGAGCUUGGAGACUCUGAACCUGGGUGCUGCACGUGUUGCGGCAGUGACCCAGGACUCUCUAGUGGCCAUCUGAGUGACUGUCAUUAGAGGUGUUGUUGAGCAGCAAUGUAAACUCUGGCUUUUUGUGGAAAAGGCAGUGUUUACACUGAAACACCUGCAUGGACAGGCUAUGGACACCAGAACAACCACAUCAAGCUGUAGUGGUUCUGGUGACUAUAGUGUCCCUUUUAAGAAUUGCGCUUUCUCCUUGAAAAUUGCUGGCUCCUAUAUUCCAAACAAAUUUGUCAAGCCCUGCAGUAAGCACAUUUUCACUACUGCCAAAGGAUCAAAGCAGAUAUUUGAUUUUUCCUAUCAUAAAACACAAUAUUUCACUCUGUAUUUAAUGCCCAUAUAUCUUUUUUUUUUUUACAUGAUUGCUUUGAAUAAUAAAAGUAAACAUUUUAUUUUCUAAAUUAACACAAACCUUGCUGUUCCUUUAUUCCUGCUUAUGCAUGGUAUUUUCCAGAAGAAAAUAAAACAUGCUGGGUUACACGUUUGUACUCAUAUACUUUUUUUUUUUUUUUCUUCUGUUUUUGUUUUUAGGUUUGCAUUGGUAGAUUUUGGAUUGGCACAAGGCACGCCAGACACAAAAAUAGAACAACUUAAGGUUCUGCAAAUAAAAAAACAGGAAAGUUGCUCACAAAAUAAACCUCACACAAUAUCAGGAAACAGGUUGCCUCAAAAUAUACCGGUACCUAGAGACCUAGUACUGCCACCAUCAACAAAGCAGUCUGUAAAAAGACUUUGGUCACAUUCAGAAAUACAGAUAAAUCAAGGAGUCAAAGUAAAGGUUGAGUCUUUUUACAUUUCUGUUUGACAGAGCUUCAUUACAAAAGCAUGGCUUCAGAUAACCCAAAACAUGUGCUCUUCCCUUUGCAGUUAUGACCAUAUUUAUUUGCCUGUUUGCAAUUAAUUUGGCCAAAAAAGUAAACAACACUUUAAAAAGUUCAAAACGUACAAUAUCUAAUUGAUUACAGCAAACUCCCUUUUCUUUAAAUUUUAUUCCACUAUUCUUAAAUAACUGUACGUUUCACCCGUGUUAGUGAUACAUUAUUUUUUUGCUCCCCUCUCUUCUGUUGGGCGUGGUCACUCUAGCUGAUUUUGUAUGAGUACUGUGUGUUCCAAUACGUAUUUGUGUUAUGAUGUUUAUUGCUGUGUCUAGACUGUUCUUAUUUGCACAUGGAAAGGAUUUAUGUGCUUAAACAUGCAUGCAGCUGUUCUUGUUUUAUUUAAUUCUUUAAAUAUUCUACUAUCUUCACUUGUAAUGUGUCAGAGUUAAUUCUUUUGUACUUAUUUUGUAUGCGUUUUUCAGGAAGGAUUGCUUGGUUAUCCUAGUCAGCGUUCUGUAUUUGGAGAGAGAAAUUUUAAUGUCCACGGUACUGUAACGAACAAGAACCCCACUGUAAAAGUAAGGAAGUUUAUUUUUUGUUUUCUUUUCUUUAUUUGUGCAAAAUUGUGUUUUGUAUGUUUUAGAAAAGUUCAUUUACAUGUGACCCCCAAAAAAUAAAGUGGCUCCAAACAUUUAUUGAAAACUUUGGUUUAUUUAAAAAAAAAAAAAAAAUCUCUUGUGCUGGAUCUUCAACUGACAUUUUUUUUAUAUAAAAUCAAGGAGUAAAGUUAAAAGCAGGUCUUAUGGUUUUACUGGUGUUCAGAUCUGUGUUUAACAAUGUAUUGACUAUACACUGACUUAAGGUGGAAGGGGUUUUCAAUCACAAUUUUCCCCACCAUAAAUUUCUUUGCCAAACCCUCCAUUCAAGCUACACUGACCCUACUCACAGUAUACACGAAUGUCUGGGUAAAAGAUCAACCUUAACAAAUCAGAGCUCAUGCCCCUAGCCCUGGAUGACAACCAAAUACACGCCAUCCACACAACAUUUCCAUUCAAGAUUACCACAAGAGUCAUCAUGUAGCUAGACAUGCGUAUUUCACCAAACCUACAGGAAUUCUAUGCCUUUAACUACAAACCCAUUCUUGACACUGCCCUGGCAGAUCUGCGGAGAUGGCAUUCACUGGGAGUGUCCUGGCUGGGACGCGUGACCACGAUAAAGAUAACCUCCCCCCCGCCCCAGAUUCCUCUUUUUCUAAACACUGCAAAUCCCCCUGGUCCUCUCAGAUUUCAGAAAUCUGCAAGCAGUCAUAGACAAAAUCAUUUGGAAAAACGUCAGACCACAAAUUUGCAGAUCAACUGUACGAGGUUUAGGGCUGCCCAACUUCACCGACUAUUACCAUGCUGCCCAGCUGGCACAUGUUCAACAGUGGAUCUGGAAGACGAUAUCUUUGGGUGGGACCCCCUCCCAUCCUACUUGUGGGUUUCCCUGAGAACACUGACCCCUUCAGCUCCCCACCUGUCCAGCAAUUUCUCAUAUCUUGUUUCUAUGGGACAAAUUUAAAAACAAAUUCAACCUAUCCUUUUUUUUCACCAGUAAUGCAAAUAUACCGCAACAAAUUAUUCCCACCUAGCAUGAUCCCUAAACACUUCCACAGCUUUGAUCAAGAGAACAUCUCUACAGUUGUACCACCAGGGCAGUGUCUUUCAAUAUUCCGACCUCCCACAACCAGAGACCCUGCGAACCUCAGACCACUUUUUAAUCCCUUAAGGACACGUGACAUGUCAUGAUUCCCUUUUAUUCCAGAAGUUUGGUCCUUUAGGGGUUAAAGUACAGCUCAGAGAUCUCGCGAACACACCCGUGAUCAAACAAGCCGGCACGGCGCCAUCGACUCAUUUCAAGCGGCAUUGCUUUGCCCCCAGUCGGACCAAAUGUCAUCACUUUUGAUUGCACUGACCACAAUGUACUCACUGCCAGAAUCACCUUUGCAACUCGUAGUGUGAUUGGUGAACUGUGGGAGGACAUCCGCAUACCUAACAGUCAACAGUGAAACGGAAAAUUACAGAGACGUACAACCUCAACAAACUAACAGCACAAACUCACAACUCUUACAAAUCCUUCAUUGACAUAUGGGGGACCCUUGGGUUGUCAGUGGUGCCUAAAGCCUCUACGCUACUUGGAGUUUCCACGGCUGAAUGUCGGGGGCCUACGCCUCUACUCAAUCGAAAAUCCUGUCCCACCUACUUUUUUUUUUUUUUUUUGCUUUGCUUUUCCUCUUUCCAAUCUCUCGCUCCCCCUCCCACCGAUGACUGGAGGUCGGCCUCUUUUCAAAUGGGAUCCCCCAUCAGCGACUAAUCUGGUGAAUUAAAAAGUGCUCAAAUGUGGGACAAGGGAUUACAGGGGCACGGAAGAAUGCGAGGGGACAAGGUUCGGGGAGGGACUGGUGAGGGGUUGGAGAACCUCUUAAAUAUUGGGCAAUACAUUGGACAUAGUUUAAAUGUUUAUCACUGGUAUCUUCGGGCUGACAACCCCCCACCCCCAGAUGAGAGACCCCUCUACCUGCUACAUACAAACACAGUAAGCACACUACAUGAAAAUAAUCGCAUCACUAACCCAAGGCACUGAGACUGCAUAACACCAAGGGACAAUGGAGUGGAUACAGAGGGAGGGGACUGGAGUAGAAUGGGCGUAAGAUGCAGACCUGGCGGGAACACCGGCCCGGGAUAAUAUGGGCCGGAAUCCUGCAAGGGAAUUAGGGAGGUAGAAAACAGACAAGUGGAGGGUACCGAAAAGGAUAGAAAAACCCAUUGCUAAAACCACACACCGGGAGACUUCCCCUUGAGCGACCACCCAUUACACACACACACAUACUCCACACCAAACAAGCGAGCAGAGCACAAGUAUGAAACACGGGUCAACCACAAGACAAAUGCUGCUGCAAACUGCACGAAACCCCUCGGACAACCACCCAAGAAGGGGAGGAACCACUGGGUGAGAUACGAGCCACACGCAAAGACGACCCGACCAAGGACCACACUAGCAAAUACUAGAGCCCACAUACCAGACGCGCCACCAUAGACGGACACACGCUACAGUAUAGCUAAACAUAGGGGUUGGCACAUUAAAACGCUUGAGCCUCCCCACGGGAGAGGACCCCAACACGGACCGAAACAAUAGGAGACACUAGCUCAGGACUCACUGGAACCCUUAGGAUACAUCGAGAGGUGACACAGAACACGUGGGCGGUAAACAAGACAAGACUGGGCUAGUCGGAACCUAACUAACCUAGAGGAGUGCUAUCUAAGGGAAACAGAUACUGCCGGGAACAGGAGAGACCUGGGAGGAACACUCCAGCAUACGGCGAGUCGCAGAAACACAAACAAGACACACAAGGCCGAUAGAGACUGGGAGGGCGAAGAACACAAAACACCCCCAAACUAGCUAACACCGACGACACGACAACAAACGCCUCCGACAGGUUGGGAGCUGACGGAGAGGAAGGAAGACAACUGACCAGACACCACUACCAAAGGUUGCACCACUGAACCUCACUGAGACAGACCCAUACUGUAAUUACAACCGGGGUUCCGCGGGACGGGCACACCACCCAACCACUGGAACAUUAGCACCCGGUGCAGGGUCGACGUCACACCCAUACACUCCCCCAUACGAAAUUCCGCAGCAGACCUGUAAUACCGCAACACCCUCCCGUGACCCCUAUUAACACAAUACCCCCCCCUUCCCUACCAGUGCCGCCGCGGACAGGCGCCUCCCCAAGAUGGCAGCCAGACAGGGGUUUUCCCUGGCUCAGCUGACAUACUGGUCCGAUAACGUCCAGGGACUCAAUACUCCAGAAAAGCUCUCACACUUGCACCGACGGUUGUAGACAGCGAAAGCGUCCAUGGCGUUCCUGCAGGAAACUCACCUCAGAGGCACACCCAAACUGGAAAAUCAACGCUACCCACUGGGAUGCUUCGCAAACCGAACCGACGCCAAGAAAACAGGGGUGGCGUUACUUUUCGCACACACGACACCAUUCCAAUGCACGAAAACCCUAGCAGACCCCAACGGAGAUUCAGGGAGGGCCUGCUGGUGAUGGCCGAAGACCUAAACUUGCCACUGGACCCCCACAUGGACACCUCCAGAGGCCAGAGCGUGAUCCCCACACUGUCUGCGAGCUGCACAACAAUCCUUACACAAGUCAGGGCUCGUGGACUGCUGGAGAGAUUACCACCCAGAAGAGCGUGACUAUACCUACCACUCAGCAGUCCACGCACACUAUAGUCGUAUAGACUACGUAUUCAUAGCCCAGGAAUAUUUGAACCUACUGCUCAACGCGGACAUAGGCUUGAUGGACCAUUCCGGCCACGCGCGCUGGUUCUGGUACACACAAGCUCCCCACUCUUCAAACCACGGGAAAGACAGUGGAAACUGAAUCCUUGCUAGACGACCUAGAGCUCACAACCACGGUAACCAGUGCCUUAACUGAAUAUUUUACAACAAACGACAACCCAGACACCCCAUCAUUAACGUUAUGGGAGGCUCAUAAAUGUGUCAUCCGGGGACACCUUAUCGCAGCUAGCACCAGCUGCAAAAGGUCCUGGAAGAUGCACAUCACUAACCUGACAAAACAAAUAGCUGAGCUAGAAAGAGAGCACAAGAACACUUUAGAUGAGAGAGUGUUCCUCCGCCUCACCGAGAUACGCAGGGAGCUCAGAGAUAUAUUGUCCCAAGGACUGCUCCAUACUGCGAGGAAAGUAUCCAGGUAUUUUUAUGAACAUUCUAAUAAAAGUGGCAGACUGCUGGCAAGGAUGCUCCAGGAGAAAAGAACACAACAUAUCCACAAAGUCCACACGAGAAGAGGCAUUACACGGCUCCCUGAGGGCAUUCUUCAAGCGUUCCGGGACUACUACGCGGCGCUGUACGACCAGGCGCAAAACCGGACGGGACCAGCGGCAAGACAACACCAGGAGUGGAUAGACACAUACCUGGAGGACCAUGUUAUCCGUAAGCUUACCCCAGAACAGGAAGCCGAACUGGCAAUCGAAGAACUAGAAGCAGCGCUGAAAACAACGAAACCACACAAAGCCCCAGGACCAGAUGGACUCCCAGCCUCAUAUAUAUGCACCUUCAAAGACAUCCUGCUACCCAGCCUCCUGACUGGCAUCAACUCCAUACGAACUGGAGGUCAAUUCCACACAGACACCCUGAGGGUGACAGUCACGAUCAUACUGAAGGAAGGCAAAGACCCAACAAACUGCGCCAGCUACCGGCCAAUCUCGCUGCUGAAUGCAGACUUAAAACUCUUCGCCAAAGCCAUGGCCCUUAGAGUUGCACGCACGCUCCCGGACCUGGUACACCCGGACCAAGUUGGAUUCAUACCCGGGAGGGAAGCCAGGGAUAAUACCAUCCGGGCCCUUAAAAUCUUACACACAGCCUUGGCCAGCAAACCGGACAUGGUGCUGCUAUCCACAGAUGCCAAAAAGGCAUUUGACCGGGUAGACUGGACAUUCAUGGCGGAGACACUGAGACACAUGGCUUCUGGGCCACACCUGCGGGCGGACCUGGGUGGCCGCACUAUACACCACACCAUCAGCAUGCAUACGGGUCAAUGGAGCACUAACAGACUCGUUUAACAUACGCAACGGUACAAGUCAAGGCUGUCUCCCCUCCUAUUCGCCCUGACCAUUGAACCCUUCCUUGAAGUGGUCAGGCAAGACGGAGGAAUCACGAGUCAUCGCAUAGGUGGGAGGGAACACAGAGUGGCGGCAUACGCUGAUGAUAUGCUCUUCUUCCUGGAACAACCCAGGAUCUCGAUGCCAAACCUACUGGAGGCUUUCCGGAACUAUAACUAAGUAUCUAACCUGAAACUCAAUCUGGAUAAAUCGGAGGCGAUGCCGCUCGCCCGAGACACCGCCUUCCAACAACACAUACGUACACAAUACCCUUUCAAAAUGUGCCCAACCAAACUACACUAUCUAGGCAUCUGGCUACCAAAGGACAUCGCACAUAUAUACCAAAUGAAUUUCAUACCACUUCUCGCAACCUUGCAACAUGACAUAAAGCGAUGGACGACACAGUACAUCUCAUAGUUCAGACGAAUAAAUGCAACUAAAAUUAACGUUUAGCCCCGAAUCUUAAUCUUAUUCCAGACGCUACCCACAACCAUCCCACGUGAAUUCUUUCAGACGUUAACCAUCAGACGGUUCGUCUGGAACCAGAAGCCAGCACGAAUACGGAGAUCGACUCUGAAGCGGCCAAAGAGUGAAGGAGGCAUGGGACUACCGUCAAUCAUCACGUACUAUCAAGCACGCCGACCUAAAAAACUUCGGAGCAAAGGAUUGGGUACACAUACGCCAGUGGUGCAACGGACCGAAUCUAAAGACCAUGGCUGAACUGCUGCAAGACUGCAGACCAAGCGGGCUGGACGAAUUCUGUUACCACCAGAUAAAAACGUAUGCCAACGCCGUGAAAGGCAAGGAUCACCUACAUCGCCCACUGCUACACCUAGAACACAUCUGCACGACCAGACAGCACCUCGCACAUGGCGUAUCGACCCUAUACACCACACUACAGACCAACGGGGAUAAGAGCUCUCUUGGCUUCACGGAGCGAUGGGAAAGAGAGACAGGUUGAAUUAACUGACCUUGAAUGGGGAAAUAUCUUCCAGUUGACGCACAAAGGAUCCAUAAGCACUAAAUUUCAAGAAUGCAACUACAAGAUACUGACACAUUGGUGCAGGACCCCGGACGUCCUAUGGCACGUACAUGAAUCGAUCCCAAGAGUGCUGGAGAUGCGGCACAGAAGAAGGUACAGGAUUACACAUCUGGUGGACGUGCUCCCACAUCGUACCAUACUGGCGGAUGAUACAUCGAACGAUCAAAGAAAGUAUGGGUACAGAAAUCCCCUUCAAGCCGCUACCGAUGCUGCUAAAUCACACACACAUACCCCCGAAGACAUACAAAAAGUGCCUCACCAUACACCUGCUCACAGCAGCAAAAACGCUCAUACCAACACACUGGAAAAGCCAGACAACUCCCUCCUUUCAACAAUGGGUCGACAGGGUAGAAACAAUCUACAACAUGGAAAUGAUGAAGGCCUCACUGAAGGGACGCUCGGACAAGUGUGCCCUGACAUGGUUCCCAUGGAUGGACUAUGUGUCUAAGAGAGCUGCAUUGGCUGACGUGGGGGGGGAGCGGGGAUGCUACCGCGGCGGUGCAAAACCCCCGACAAGAGAGCGCACAGCCACAAUAAACGCCACAACUGACUGAACCACACACCUGAUCACAACCCCCGUCUCCCCCCACAGGGACAAGAGACAUGCAAAAGAGACGUACACUCGAAACACACCACAACAAACGUAGCUAGACAAUAGCAGAACACACACCCCAAAAGCAGAGAUGAAUGGAAGACAGACCGAGGAAGGCAUACACGACCGGGGGACAGAGUGGCUAGCUGACCCAGGACCCUCACAGAUACAUAAGAGAUAGGGAGGAAGCAAAGUAAAAUCUACCAAUAGAAAAUAUGCAACGCUUGGUAAAGGGCUUCAAAACCCCUCAGAGCUGACAACUAGCAUGGGCACCUAACAUACAGACCACCCCCCGAUCUACCUUAAACCAAACACGACACACCAUGCACACCUGAAAGGAAACACACCACCACACAAGAUGUAGGACGUGACUAACCCACACAGGGGAACAAAAGGAAUACCAGCACAGAGACACUUGAAUACACACUAAUCCGAUAGAGACCAAGAUAUCACUAACCAGGAGUUAACCCAACCCAACUCUUCAAACCUGGAGAAAUAGUGCGAAGACAUAACUAGACAUCACAUAAACAGCCUACACCCAAAACUCGAUCCAACGCACACAAACGAAACACAAACAAUUACAACGAACACCCGAGCUCAUAGGGCAAAAGAAACCGAGCAGGCAAAACACCAAAAAGGGAUAUACACUAAAACAUGGCAGCCCGACUCUGGAACAAGCUAUAUAGAUGAGUCCCAAAAUAAGCUCACCACCAAGCAAAAUUCACACAAAACGAAGCAAAACAAGGGGUCAUAAAGCAAAACGAAGAUACUGACAAUCCAACAGGUACUGCGCACACGCCAGCAGGGAAAAAAACAAAAAACCUCAACAGAGAAUCCACCCUACUUACGCUUACAGAAGUAACUAAAAAGGUAUAAAAACACCUAUAAACUCGUAACCACUGACACUAAUAACAGCCAAUGCGGAAAUACGCUGUUAUCUCGUCAUAAUAGAACCGAAUAUACCUAGUUCUGAACACUUCCACACAUUAGAUGUCUAAUUGUUCUAAAAAUGAUCAUCUAUAUACGUUCAAUGCUAUAAGAUGAUCUCUGUUACCUGUCUGAAACUGAAAAAUAAAAAAUGUCAAAAGUGCUCAAAUCAUAGGGCUCUUUUGCGUUCCAUUUAUUUAAUUUAUGAUUUGAGCACUUUUGAUUCUCUAGAUUGGUCGCUGAUGGGGAUAACACCUUGGUAUAAAAUUUAAGGGAGGUUGGAGGUUAACCCCUAUUAAUAAAUACCCUUACUGAAAGAAAGGGUAAAUGGAACUUGCUGGGGCAGACAACUAUUAAACAACUAUUUAGUCCCUCUUAUUUAUCCAAAUAUUAUUGUGGCAGAUUCUUAAAGGGGUCUUUUAGUAUAAUCUAUUUUUGUACAUCUAGUCUUAGAUCAUGUAAGAUUUACUCCAAACAACUUUGGGGGCAUAGUAUCUAAACACAUCUAUUGGGCCCUGGUUUUCAUCUCUCUAAUGAAGAAUCUGCUAUUCUAAUAUUAUUGUGGUUGUACAUUGUGCACAAGUGGGUUGUUUUAUAUUUUUUUCACUCCACCCUUUCCACCUGGUAUAUAUCACCAGAAGAGCAGUCUCUAGUGUUAGUUUUUUCAAAUUACUUUAAAACCUAUUUUUGAGACCUUUUUGUCUGGCUCUUUUCAGCAUCAGCGGUUAUCCCUGUCUAAAAUCCUGGUGAAUUGCUCCUUCUGUGAAAUGGUUGGUUCAUAAAUACCUUCUGAAAUCUAAACGCACAGUGCUUAAACCUCAUCACGCACCACAGCCUCAUGGCUUUUCAGUGUGCAUAAGUAUGGUCUUACUCUAAUUUUUCAAAUAGUCGUAUAUUCUAAUAAAGUUGUUCUACCAUUUUUUUAUCUAUUGGAGGGAUCUCCAUUUUGGACUUAUAUACCAUUUUUGGGUCUAUUUGUCUUUUUUUUUUAUUUUUAUUUUUUUAUUGAAUUGUGGGUUAAGCCCACUUGGAGCUUCUUGGGUUACGGUUAUUUGGUUUCCCAGUGGUUCCCUUUUGUUAUGUUCUUGUAUUAAAAAUAAAUAUUUGAAAAUAAAGCCUGAUCUGUACACCAAAACUGCUUCAUUAAGCCAACGUUUUUGUGCCUAUUAUAGUUUCCCUCUAGUGUGUGUGUGUGUGUGUCUGUCUCCAUUGAAUAAAAUGUGAUUUGGCCCUUCUUUUCUCCUUGUUUUGGAAAUUUAGUAAAUAUGUAAUAUUGAUGUUCUUGAUUUCUAUGCAUUUGGUACUUUUGUUGAAGUUAAAUUUAGAAUAAAUGCAUCAUGAGAAUAGAGCACCAUGAAAAAGCACAUUAAUACUAUCUACAAUUUGAGAUUAUCAUAUUUAUAUAGGCUAACUUUUUUCGUGGAGCAUGUUGUGUAUUAUCUCAAAGAGCCUUUUCCUUUUCCCUGCACAUUGAAAAUUUGAUAGCUGCUUGACAAAUUACUUGUAAUUUAUGAUUCUGGAUUUUAACAUGUGAAUGUAAUGGAAUCUAACUUUUUAUUGUCAUUUUUCCUAAUAUCUUCAUAUUGUUCAAAAGAAAUGACACCUUCUUUGAAGGCAGACAUUUCCCCAACUUUUUCAAUUUGCGAUUUUCUUAUAGUUUCAGGAACUCCUUCUGUGUUAAGGAAAGUGGGAAAAAAAAUGUAUUUAUCAAACAAUCCUUAAAGGGUCAGUCUAAGCACCAUCUUAGCUUUGCCUAUAUGCAAAGUUAAUGGUGCAGAGACUAUCCUUCACAAUUUUCAGUAUGCAAGUGGCUUAUAAUUGCAAAGAAAAAUCACUGCAGCUGUAAACCAUUGCACCAGGGCUCUGAGUCAGGCAGCCAGAACUCAGUUCUAGGUGGUCUACAUCCAUUUUGUGCGUAAAGAGAGCAAAACUACACACACUGUGCAUUUGGUUGCCUGUUCUGCCAAUGGCUGCACACAGUCCAGUCCAUUAAACGUGAAUUAGGCUGUAUGUAAGCUAUUAGCAUCUGCCUUAUGGUUUACAGAGCUGUUAUGCUCCUCAUGUAUGAUGAAUGCAACGGUUUCUUUUGGGUAUGUGUUUGUUGUAUUAGGAACUUUUAAAGUGAAUAUAUUCAGAGGGCUUUUAAGUUUACAUUUUCUUUUAAUGUCUAUUUAUGCUAGUGGAGUGGAAACACCAGCAUUCAUCUGUGGAAACUACCGGUAAUUUCUUUGUGGAUCAUAAACCGUAUCUAUGAACAGGAUUUUUGCACUUAAGUUGUCCACUAUAUAAUAUAAGCUGUAUAUUUUGAUGAUUCAGUUUUCACACAUGCUAAAUAACCAAAUCAGUCAUGAGUCCAACACCAUCUUAGAGAUUGAAUCAUUACUAGUAUAGUCCUGGAGAUUAGAAUUUUUUUUACCCUGUCAGGGUAAACUAUUGAUAGGUGUCUGCAUUGUUUAUCACUCGAAUAUAUCUUGCUGAACGGAUCGCAAUUGUGGAACACCAAAAAAGAAAAUUUCCACUUCAAACUCCUCCUCACAUGAAGUGCCAGUAAGCACAGAACGCGUUACACUGGUUCUUGUUUAUAAUCCCCGUUUUUCUACUCCAUUUUAAACCAUGUUGAUGAAAUGGAAAAAAUGUUAAAAAAAAUUAAUUUUUUUACCAUGAAACACUGUUGAACAAUAAAUAGUUAAAUGAUAUCAGGAAAAAAGUGCCAAUAAAAAUGUGCAAAUGCUAAAGAAUUUUAAAGUGUUACCCUCUGUGAUACUUGGGUAAUAUUUAGCAGUAUGAACAGAUCUUCAAUGGAAUAAUUUAAAUCUCAAAGAUGAAACUUAAAAACAAAUAAUGUGGAUGGCCUCAUAUAUCCUUUAUACACUGUGGAAAGCUUUAGCAAAGAGUGUAUAUAUUAAACCGUUUGCACUAUUGUGUUUUUAUUUUAUUUUUUUAUAUUUAACGGUUUAAAUUAUUCCAUUGAAGCUCUGUUCAUACAGCCAAGUAUUACCUGAGUAAAUCAUGGAGGGUAACACAAAUUCUUUAGCAUUCACACAUUGUUUAUAAUGCAGUUUUUUUACUUUUAACUAUAAGCAUUAUAUUUAUUGUUAAACACACCAUUCAAAGUAAAAACUUUUAUUUUUUUUUACACAUUUUCUUAUUCAUUUUACCAACACUGUUUUAUUGAGUAUGAAAACACAGAUUCCAAGCGCUCCAGUAGUUAUCGUCUGUGUUAAUUUUUUGUUUUGUUUUUUUUAAUUGUUUGGAGGGAUACACUUUUAGUGUGUGAAGCAGCUAUUUUAAUUUUAAGCUUUCUUAUAUAUUGUUACACAUUUCUAUUUUUGGUGCUUCUGAUUUCCAUAUCGGUUUCUUUUGUUAUGAAGAAAUACAUAAUUUUGCACUUAAUUAAUUGAGGGUUGAAGCUGUUUUUAGUGUUUUGGUUCUGAUCCACAAAAUAUAUCGGAUGGUUUGAGGAAAUUGAACUUCGUCAGUCUCCAGCACUGUGUCCAUGCCUUUUAUUAGGUAUGGUUUCUUUAAUAUUUGUAGUUCCUUUUUAUUUGAUUCUUCCUAAUAUUUAUUAAAUGUAAAUCAUUUUAAGAUCUGGAAGGUGCCUAGUAAUUGUGCUACUUUUGCAAAACUGUCAAGUAUAACUGUCGUAUAUGUAAUACUCCUAUUACAGGCUAUUAAGCAAUCUAAGAUAGAUGUUGAAUCUACAAAGUUGGCACCAAAAAAGACUAUUCCUACAAAAACCCCAAGUGAUGGUGUAGCCAAGAAAUCUGUUCGCUCCAUCCUAGCCAGCACUCCUUGUGAAUGUUUUGCAAGAAAUCAAGUGUGUUUUGUUUGCCUUGGAAGGUAAUGUAUUUAGAUUUUUGCUUUUUUACAACACACUGAACAGAAUUUGGAACUGCUAGAAACUGUUUUUAUUGUGCUAUACAAAAAGUUGAGCAAAAGCAAGAAACAUUAUCUCUAUUUUAUAGAAUAGGGAACAACUAGGUUUUUGUGGUAGCAACUCAAUCUUGACACUGUACAAGCAGUUAAGGUUUUUGGAAGAGCAUGUAGUUUUACUUUGUCUUAUUUUGUUUUAUGUUACUAAAGUUACAUUAUGCACAGUCUAGUGGUUAUUGUUUCAGGAGUCCCCUGAUACCAUCUGCCUGUAGUCUGUCAAAUCAUUUACAAAUGAUGGAACCCAAGACAUCAUUUUCUACAUAAUUAAAUGAUUGUACAUGGGAAAAUGGUAUAUAUCACAAAGAACCUCCACAAUAUCACAGCAUGGCAACAUUGUCCUAAGAAAGGGAAAGGAUUGUAUUCAUUAGAUGAGAAUACGAUCAUCUCUUAAUGACUUAACCACUUAAGGACCACAUUACGAUCUAUGCAGUACUGUGCAUUGAUGGCAUAGACUGUCAUUUAUUAAAUGUACUAGAAAGGGUUGAAUUCAUUGGAUACCUGAGGGGUCCCAUCUGUCAGCUAAGACCAUAGUUAGAGGCCCUAGACUGACAGUGAAGUGUUGCACUUGGCCCUUUAAAUACUGCGGCUGAACAAUCUUGCUCAGCUAUGGUGAUUUUGACUGUGCCCCAAGUGACAGGGAGAGCCCCAGUGUCUGAAAAGAGCCUGCUGCAUCGAUCAUUCUCAUGCUGCAAUCUCACAGUAUAGUGCUCUCAGAGACCGCUCUGUACUAUGUGAGCUAGGAAAUCCCUCUGCUGAUAUCAGUACUGACCUCAGCAGAUGGAUUCCCUCUAAAGUGGUAUUAGUGGUUAAAUUAUGGAUCAAAUUAGUGGUUGGAUUAGAGAAUAAAUGUAAGGUAUUAUAAUCGAGAACAGUAGCAAACUACAAAUAUGCGGUGAUUACAAUAGUGGAACACACAUGGUCUGUGAAUUUCUCCAAAAUAAAACACGUGUUGGGAAACAAACUUUUAUUUAUUUGGACCAAGUUCGUGAUAAAAUUGUUAAAUGAAAAGUAUCAAUAAAUCAAAAAUUGGUAAAGGUUGUACAGAUAAAUUAUGAAAGGGUGCUAUCCCCAAGAGGCAUUCCUUAAAAAUCAAUACUCUUAAUACAAAAGGAUACAUACCAAACGAAUAAUCAAUGACUUUAUUUUACAAUCAAAUAUUACAACAAAUACAUAAUUACUAGAGCUCACCAAUGAUAGAGGCUAUAGUGAUAGAGGCUAUUUGAUUGUACAAUAAAGUGAUUGAUUUAUUAGUUUGGCGUGCAUCCUUUUGUAUUUAGAGUAAAUUUAAAGUAUCAAAAUGCUCUUAGUUAAAUAACUUGGGGAUGUACAUUUUACAAAUAUAAAUACUUUUGUGUAGCGGUUUUGGUUUCUUUGACUACUAUUAAAGUUUUAAUAUCCGAUGCCAAGUUUUUCAAAGUUUUCCGUUCUUGCAAUAUUUAUUAUUUUAGAUCUUUAAAAAUUAUUUGAAAUCCUAGAUAUUUUGGGCAUUUUAACAAAUUAUUGAAUCUAUUUUCUGUUGGUCUUCUUAGUUGCAUUUGGUGUGCAGAAAUUAUGAAAAGAGCACUAUAGUCACCAGAACAACUACAGCUUAAUGUAGUUGUUCUGGUGAGUAUAGUCUGUUCCUGCAGACUUUUUGCUGUAAACACUGCCGUUUCAGAGAAGAGGCAUUAUUUACAUUUGUGCCUAGGAACACCUCUAGUGGCUACUUCUCUGACAGCCACUAGAGGUGCUUCCUGGAUUAGUCCAAUGGCUCCACGCUCUCCGUAGAGAUGCAUUGAAUCAAUGCAUCUCUAUGAGGUGAUGCUGAUUGGCGGUGUUUGGCACUGUAAUUGGCUGAGAUAAUCAGUUCUGUUAAUGUCCGCAGCCAGGGAGGUGAAUCAGGGGUGCAGACACUCACUGGGCUAGGAAAAAAGGUGAGUUUUCUUAUUAUUUAAGGGGGUGCAAGUAUGGCCAGUGAGGCUACAUGUGUUUUUAACACUAUAGGGUUGAGAAUUCAUAUCUAUCUGAGAAAAAAGUUUAUUUUAUAUUGUGUUAUGUAUACAUGUAGGGUAUCGAAAGAAAGCUGUAGUGUGUGUGUGUUUGUGUGCACACACACACACACACACACACACACACACACACACACACACACACACACACACACACACACACACACACACACACAGGAGCACUUUAAACAGAAAGGGUGAAAUUGUUGUAGAAUGAAAACAGAAAAAGUGCCAAAAAAAUCCUUAAUCGCAAAUGUGUUGCAUCUCAGAAUAGCAUUGGUACUUGUUUACUUAUGUACAAAAAGAGGACAAGGCUUGUGUUCAUUUUAAUGUAGAUAACCUAUCUUUAAAGGAGCAGACAAGUUGCCCCGAGGGCUGGCACUCCAGGAUUUCGAGCUCCAGAAGUCCUUACAAAGUGUCCGAAUCAAACUACUGGUAAGUAUUCUUUUAUAUUAUCUCCUACAUUCAUGUCAAUAUGAUCCUGCAAUACAAUGUGUGUUGACAUCGAUAGUAUAUUGCAAAAGAAUGUCAAAACUAAUCUCUAUUUCUAGUAAUCUGGUAAGCCUGUCAAAAUUGUCCCAAGACUACCCAAAAAAUUGCUUAACCCCUUAAGGACGGCGGGCGUUCUAUGCCGUCCUUGGGGACCUGGCUCUAAACACGGGCGGCAUAAAACAUCCAAGCCGUCCUAUGUACUUACCCGGUCACCGGCAAUCGCGGUGGGGGGACUCAUCUGGCAUCCCAGGGAGUCCCCCUGCUUCCAUUCCAGCCCCCCUGGGACUUAUGAUCGCGAUGUCCUUGCGAGGACCUCACAUACAUACAUACAUACAUACAUACAUACAUACAUACAUACAUACACUGUCUAAGUGUAUUUUAAUAUUCAUAUAUAUAAUUAUAUAUUAAUAUCAAAAUACACGUAGAGUGAUAUUGAUUAAAUAUAAUCAUAUUAUAUAUAUAAAAUAAAUAUCUAAAGAAGUUUUAAAAAAUUAAAUAAAUGUGUAAUUUUGUUCUGACUUUAUUUUAAAAUUAAAUAAAUUCUAUAUAUAUAUAUCUCAAAAUACACCUAGAACGAAAUAAUAAAUAUAUCUAUAUACAUAAGUAUACACGUAUUUAUUUAUGUAAUAAUUUUAUUAAUUACAAUUUGCUGGAACUGCCUGACAACCCAGGCCGAAAGUCCAUCGCUGAAUACAAAUGUGUAUUUUAUUGCAGUAAAAGCUAACAGUAUUAUGACAUUCACAGUUAAAAUGUCACGUAGAACUAAAACAAAUUUUAAAAUUCUUUUCUCCUUUUUUUUAAUAUUCAUAUUAAAUUUUCAUACCUAAAUAUUUGAUGUUUAAUGAAAGCCCUGUUUCCCCUGGAUAAAAUGAUAGACAAUAAGUGUGGGUGCACAUAAUAUGAAAGAGGUGAAAUACGCCUGAACAGACAUAUAGUCAAAUUCGAGGUUUUGUUUUGAUCACGUGUACAUUUGGCUCAGUCCUUAAGGGGUUAAAGCGGCACUGUCAUGGCCGCAUCCGUUUUUGUUUUCAACCACCGCUCAACUCCACUACAUCUAAUUAAAAGUAUUCUCAUACUGCUCUAAGAUGGGGAAUUAUCUCGCAUCAGAGGUUUGUGUGAAGAGUAAACCACGUCUCUUACAACUUUGCUUCACAGUACCAAAGCCCCUUUUAUCCAUCCUUAUCUUUCCGUUCUUGUCUCCAGAUGUUCGUGGCUAAGAAUUACUAAUAGACAAUUUAGAUAUAGUAGAUGUAAAAUGCCCUGAUAUGCCUUUAAUGGGGGUCCAUGCAUUUUUAAUAAUAUAAUGUCUACCAUUAAACAUAUGCAAGAUGUCAUUUUAUUUUUGCAUAUGUUUCAUGGGCAUUAGGUUCAGCCCACUAAACCACUGUGGUAUUUUAUUUAUUUGAAAGCUGGCAUGCACAACUGUCAUAUGACUAAACAACAACUUUGUUUAUAAUGUUGCUCCGGGUUAUAUUAACCGCUUCAUGGCCGGGGACGGUUCAGGACCGUCAUCGGCAUUUUUGCAUUGCCGACCGGUGACGGUCCUGAACCGUCCUAACUGUCCAAUUUGCUUACCCGAUCGGCGGUGCACCCCUUGUGGGGAGACUGCCUGCAGCCCAGACAGUCUCCCCAUGGUGGAUUAGGACCCCUGGGGCCAUGUGAUCGCUCAACAGAGCAAUCACAUGGUCACAAUAGGUGUCUAUGUGUCUGCCUGCAGGGGGACUGCCUGUGCUGACAGGCAGUCUCCCUGCAACUGUAAAAUAAAAUAAAAAAUAAAGUUAAUAAAAAUAUAAAUUAUAUAUUAAGUUUGGGAAUGAAGUUUCCUAAAAAUGCAACCGGAAUAUAAAAUUAAUCUGCGUGAGUAUAACCUACAUACCCAAUACGUGCAAUUACUUGUUAAAGAUGGACACUCCUGCAGAGCUGCAUUUUCUCUGCCCGAAAAGACCACUACUGAAGACGAAUAAGAGGUAAGAGGAUUUAAAGUGACACUGUCACAGUCUGGAGUCUUUGCACAAUUUGGGGAACUUUUUAUAAUUUUGUUAACACAAAUUCACGUUAAUGUUUAAUUUGUCUUAAAUUAAACAUGAACAUGUGUUAAAAAAAAAAAAAUUGUAAAAUGUACCUGUUAUCAAAUAUUCAGUUAUUUUCCUAUAGACGGUGGAGGUAUUUUAUUUUUUUAUUGAAUUCAUUUUUUUUAUUUUAUUUUUUUUAUUUGGGAACAUUGUAAAAACACAGGGAAUCCUUUGCACAUUUUUGUAAAGGAACAAAUAAUUUACAUACUUUUAUUAAAAGAUAAUUGCUGUACAGCAUUGUAUAAUCAAAUUUGAUAUUUUGUCAUUUGAUAGCAUUGAAAUAAAGAAAAUCACUUGGUGAAGUAGAGUAAAUUACAUGCAUUUAAUGCCAAAAAUUGUGUACAUCUAAUACAUGUAUGAAAGCAAAUAUAUUUUAAAAAUGGUUUUACAUAGUCUGUACCAUAACAAAUGCUACGGUUGUACUCAUUUUGCCUAUAAAUGAAUGCAACAUCUUAUUUUAAAUGAAAAUCUCUGUUCUAAGAUACUGCCAAGUUUUUAAGUCUUACGUAAAAAUACUGGUAUACAGAUUUGUAACCCUUUAUAUUAAUACACUUUGCAAGCCUUCUGUGAAUGUUAAUUGUCCAUCUUAUUCCAAAAUGUUAUUUAGUGUUUGGUAGCAAUAAAAUUGACAUGAAGAAAACAGUCAGAUUUGUAUUCUGGUGUGCACAUUUAUAUAGAGGUUUCUACUAGUCUUAAUUACUCUUAAAACACAAAACAAAAAGGAAACCAUUUUUGAAAGAAUAUUGUGAGAAAUGUUGUUUUUAUUUUGGCUUUACAUUCUGCUAUGAAAUGUGUGUAGUAUUUCUUUGUAAUUGUCUUUGUUACAUCUCCCUGGUUAAAGAUUUCUUUGUUCAUUUUUUUUUUCUUUUCUUAUCCAUUUAUAUAAUUCUUGAUACAAAUGGAUAAGAGAGAUUUUUGUUUUUUGCGUAUGUGACAGUAAUCAGAUAAGCUAGAUUUAACGUGAGAAACAUAUCUCCCAGAAAUAGUGCUUUUCAGUUAGAAAAUUCAGAGCAAGCAUUGUUGGGUUCAUCAAUGCAAAUAUGUCAAAAUCAUAACACCUUUUUGUAAUUAUAAUUUUUUUCUUUUCCUUUAAGCUAUUGACAUGUGGUCUGCAGGCGUCAUCUUUCUUUCCCUGCUUAGUGGUAGAUACCACUUUUUCAAUGCUCCAGAUGAUAUGAAUGCAUUGGCGCAAAUUAUGACAAUUCGCGGUUCAAAAGAGACAAUUCAAGCAGCAAAAACAUUUGGUAAGUAAGCUGUUACUUGUAUUUAUUUAAAUACAAAUCUGCUCAAGAGUGUAAAAUGGAUGCAACUGACAUGUCGAACUGUCAGGUUCCUUUUUUUUUUUUUUUUUAAUUCUUUAUUUUUGGUGCGUUUUCAUUUUUACAUGAUCACAGCCGGCCCCAACAGCCAGGACGGGCACUGUAACUGUAAUGCCGGGUAACAAGGUUUGGUAAUGGGUUCGUAAACAAGACAUCUUAUUAAACAUUCGCACAUUUUGUUUUUACAUGGGAGUACUAGUAGGUUUUGUUGUAGCAUUGUGUUAAGUUAUGAGUGCGUUGAUGAGGGAAGCGUGUGGGUAACCAAGGUAUUAGUUGUGAUGACCUGGGGCUUGUUUCGGUUACCCUAGUAGGUAAGUACCCCUAACCAAGGGGGUAUCGGGGGGGUGUUGUACACCUCUUGUGGGUGUAUCUCGUGUGUGUGCGAGACGGGUCUGAGGCUGCCUUUCCCCGGGACUGUUUAGUAUGUAUACUGGGUAGUGGUAGGGUGUAUAUCAUGUGUUAUGCGAGGUGCUUCUGAGACUGCCCCUCCCUGGGUCUGUUAGUAUGUAGAACGGGUAUGAGUGGGGUAACCAGUAAGUGAAGAGAAAUCUGAACAGAGGUUAGUAUAACGCAUAAUAUAAACCAAUAUUCUUGGUGGUCUGUUAAAGUUCGUUCCUCGGUGUUGGAUAGUUGCGCCCUUUUCUUGAUCAGUCAGGUAGUAGGUGUGGUUCUUGGUAUGAAUGGGAUCAUUGAUUCAGGGUCCCAGGUGUGUUGGACUUGGGGAGCAGAGGUUGCGGUUGGUGUUUCAGUAAGGCCCAUUGUGUAGAGUAUUGCAGGUGCCUCCGAUUCAUUUGUGAGCUUGUGGGUCGUCCCAUUGUGUGUUAUUAGUAGGGAUCUUGGCGUGGUCCAUCUGUGUGUUACCACCGCAGAGCGCAGGCGGCUGGUGAGUGACUGCAGUGAUUUACGCCAUUGAAGUAGUUUUAGUGAGGUCCUGGUAGAGGGUUAGGUGCGAUCCUUCAAAUGGUAAUGGGGUUUUAUCCCUCACUGCUGCCAUGAUCUGGCCCUUAUCUUGUAAUUUAUUGCAUCGGAGGAUGACGUCACCAGUGAUUGAGGCUGCCGUCUUAGUGAUGGUGGGCAGUCUGUACAGUCCACUGAUAGUGAAUUUUUUGGCUAGCGCUGGCGGUAAUAAUGAUGCAAUCAGUCUUCUUGUGUAGUGAGGUAGUUCCUCUGCAUCGAUCUCGCAGAUUUUUAGGUUAUUACGACGAUGUCUAUCCUCAUGUGCCGUCAUUUGAAUUGACAUAGCCUGUUGUGUAGUUUUUAAGUGGACCAUUGCGGUUUUCAGUUCAGCUACUUCAUUUUGAAGUUUCCCAAUGUCCCCUUCGGUGUGGGUUGUCCUGUCACUGCGCUGCUGCAUGUUAGAUUUCAGGGAGGACAUGUCUGCAGUUAAGAGCCUCUGUAUUUCCAGCAAGGUAUUUUGCAUAUUGUGGAGAUCCUGCUAAGUGGCAGGGGCUGUGCCUCCAGGGAUGUCCCCAGUCAUGGAGUGUGGGUCCCCCUGUGUUGCUGGGAUGUGUGUCUGGCUUGGCAUGUCAGGGGUUGCAUGGGGAUCAGGGCCAUUAGCGGACGCCAUUUUGGAUGGUACCUGCCGUUGUAGGAGAGUUCCAAUGUCCUGCUGGUCCGUUGCCUGGGAAGUUUGAGGUCUCUGUGAGCGUUGCCCCAUUGCUGGUGUAGGACUGUGGAGAGUUGUUGCCGGGUAAGCCGGGGUCUCAGCUGCCUUAUGUGCGCCCGCUCCGCCAAAUAGUGCCUCGAGGUCAGCGUGAAGUAGGCCCCGGUCUUCUUUUUCAGUUUGGUCUGCCUCUGGGUAUAUUGAAAAGGCAUCUGUCGGUGCCUCGGGAUGUCCCCGAUCUGUACCCGCUGCUUUCAAGUUUGGAUGGGGUCUGUUUGUUUGAUUUACAGCGGAUUUUGCUCGCCGGGAAGGCGCUCUCAGAAAUGGUGUCUAGCCCGUCUCGCAGUCAGGCUCCGCCCCCGUCAGGUUCCUUUUGUGACACUUUUUUUAAUAUAAGACACUAGAACUUUGUACACAUAACCAUGCCCCCUUAGCCAAACCAUCUAGUUUCACAAAGUAACUUCUACGUUAGAAGUACUAUGUAUAUAUCAACCUCUGUAAGUAGACACCAGUGUGCGCUAAAAUGCUGAUAUGACCCCCCACCCCUUUCACAAUCCUCUUCUCUUCCAAUUCCCCUUAGUAUUGUUUUGCAACUAUACAGAUAAUAGGAGGCCAAUAAUUGGCUGAGCUGCUAAAACACCGUAUGAAUUUAAGUCUAAGCCUACCAAAUGCACUUUAGUUGUUGUUUGUAUGAGACUACAUUUGUGAGUAUUUGCAUUAUCAGUAGCUAACUAAACAUUUCCUUUAAAGUAUGCUGUGUAUUUUGUGCAUGAUAUUCCUUGCUGUAAAGGCACAGCUUGAGCCCAGUUCUUUCUUUCAUAAAAACAAUAUAAAGACAGUCUUAUAAGAAACACUCUUAUUUUCAUUCUACAUUAACCCCUUUAGAGAUGCCGGGUGUGCUAUUCCGUCCUUGAGGACCCAGCUCUAAACGCCAGCAGGCAGCAUAGCACCUCCACGCCAUCCAGGGGACUUACCUGAUCACCAGCGAUCGUGAUGGGGACUUACCUGGCUGAUCCGGCCCUUUUGGGCCAUGUGAUCGCGAGGUCCUUGUGAGGACCUCACGAUCACAAGGAUGGAGUAGCCGUCCAUAGCAAUGCUAGCAGGGGGAAUAGCCACUUAGUCACAAACACUGGCCAAAAUUGGGGUUCAAAUUUGUUUUUUUUGCAUUUUUCACACACAAACCAAUAUUAAUGCUAAAUUUGGCCAGUGUUUGUGACUAAGUGGCUACUAAAAAAGACUGGACAUACCCCAUUUGCAAUACUUUGGGUUGUCUACUAUUGCAAAUGGUAUGCCAUCAUAGGGGUAAUUCUCGUUCCUGGGCUACCAUACGGUCUCAAAGGCAACGUAACAAAUCUGACACAUUUCAAUGUGAAAAAAAAAAAAGAAAAAUGUAACCUGCUAUAUUUGACUCUGUAACUUCCCAAAACACCAUAAAACCUGUACAUAGGGCGUACUGUUUUACACGUGACGAGCUAACCGGGUUCCACACUUACCCACCCCACGGAGCCCUCUUGGGGACGAGACUGGGGCAUCAUGGACUUUUCGGACGCACUAGCCGAGGCAGGUCCUUGCGGCCUAGCAGUUGAUGCGGGGCGGGGGAUGCGGCCGGUCUCCAAGUCCUGCAGACCCUCCCCUCCCCCUUUGGACCGUCGGGGGUCAUCACGGUCCACCACGGCAUCUGCACAAGCCUGUCACGGUACACAGGCGGGAGGAAGCAACAACACUCUGCAUACCUAAAAUGGCGGAAGUCCACACCACGACGUCCCAUGCAAACAACGCUGCCUCACAAACCAGAGCAGCGGGCAGCAAACAGGCCAGGAAUGGCUCUGUACAGCGACUGAGUGACGGAAGCUGAAAAGGACGGUGGCAAUAAACUCACAAUGACAAUCAGAGGGGAGUGCCCCAGGACAUGCGGCGCCGAGAAACCUUACUCAACCCCUCCAGCACACAGAAUGCAGCGGCUGUAGCACAACAGUGAAACAUACUGCUCCGGCCCUGUCCUAGCCUCGACCCAAGACUGACCGAUCCGGCUAUGAGAGAUGGCAAGGGCUGGGGUGGCACGGGCUGACCCUGGGACUAAAUCUACCUGGAGAGCACUAAUCGCUCCUUACCCGGUCGCGGCCUUUCCGCCACCCAUCCCCUCUGCUCUCACCACCAGAGGCUACCUGCGGUGAAACCAAUCCUGUCUGACGAUGCCGUGGCAUCACAAUAAUCUAUCAUUCCAGAUUUAAACAUUUCUAAUUAAUAUGGUGUACAACUUUUGUUUGUCAGUUUAGUUUAAGCUUGCGAAACACUUACUUAAUGCACCUAGUCAGUAUAACGAGCACUGUACAUGCAUCACUCCUUGGUUUUCCUAAUCAUUUCACUGAUGUAAAAGCCUAGUAUACAACUUACUUUAGCAUGAUCAUCCAUGGAUAAUACAUGAAGAUGACUCACUACAAAUAAUUUAGACUUGUUGGAUAAGCCUGUGACUCUGCUGCUUAAUUUACUAAUUCUAAAAAUGUGUGCGGUAAUCAUACACCAUGUACCUGUAUGUUCUUUACUAUUCUUGAUACCGCUGUUGUGGCAUUGCAAAAGCAUGUGUAAAAUAAUUGCAACACAAAAAUAAAGAAUCAAAAAAAAAAAGCCAUGCAGAACUAAAAAUAACAAUUUCUUAAUUUCUCAAUUUUUUUUUAGUUAUAUUAAAUUGUUUCAUUGCUAAAUAUUUUGUUAAAUGAAAGCCCUAUUUCACCUGAAUAAAAUGAUAUAUAAUAAGUGUGGGUGUGCUUAAAGGAACACUAUAGUCACCUAAAUUACUUUAGCUAAAUAAAGCAGUUUUAGUGUAUAGAUCAUUCCCCUGCAAUUUCACUGCUCAGUUCACUGUCAUUUAGAAGUUAAAUCACUUUGUUUCUGUUUAUGCAGCCCUAGCCACACCUCCCCUAUCUAUGAUUGACAGAGCCUGCAUGAAAAAAAAACUGGUUUCACUUUCAAACAGAUGUAAUUUACCUUAAAUAAUUGUAUCUCAAUCUCUAAAUUGAAUUUUAAUCACAUACAGGAGGCUCUUGCAGGGUCUAGCAAUCUAUUAACCCCUUAAGACCGGAGGGCGUACUAUUACGUCCUCUAAUAGGCGGCUCUAAACGCCGCCGGGCGUAAUAGUACGCCCUCCGGUCUUUCUGUACUUACCCGGUCGCCGGCGGUCCCACGCCGGCGAUCGCGGUGGGGGGGACUCCCAGGGAGCCCCCCGCGGCACGACCGUCCUCCAGGAAGCCCCCCGGCCGUGUGAGAGUGGGGUCCUAGCGAGGACCCCACAAUCACAUGGCCGGGUAUAGCUGGCUUCUGUAUUGCCAGCAGGGGGGCUGCCUGUAAUUACAGGGGGUCCCCCUGCUGGCUGAAAAUAAAAGUAAAAUAAGUUAAAAGUGUAAAAAAAUAAAAUUAUAUAUACUUAGAUCAUAUAUAUAUAUUAUAUAUAUAUGAUCAAAGUAUAUAUAUACACAUAUACAUACACACAUGUACACCGUCUAGGUGUAUUUUACUAUUAAUAUAUAUAUAAUUAUAUAUAUAUAUUAAUAUCAAAUUACACGUACACUGAUACUGAUUAAAUAUAUAUAUAAUUAUUGUUAUAUAUAUAUUUAUAUAUAUUAUAAAAAAAAUUAAAAUGUAAAUACGUUAAAAAAUAAAAUUACAAAAAUAAUUAAAAAUAAAUAAUUAAAAAAUAUAUAGAUGUGUGUUAUUUCGUUCUAACUGUAUUGUGAAAUUAAUAUAUAUAUAUAUAUAUAUAUAUAUAUCAAAAUACACAUAGAACGAAAUAAUAUAUAUAUUUAUACACAUAAAUAUAUACGUGUAUAUAUCACUAUAUAUACCUAUAUAUAAAUAAAAAUAUUUUUUAAAAAUUAUAUAGAUAUAUACAUAUAUAUACACAUACGUAUAUAUAUACAUAUAUUGAUUCUACAUAUAUAUUUAUGUAAUAUUUUUACAUAAUUAGGUAUCUUAAUUAAUUACAAUUAGCAGGACCUGCAUGACAACACAUGCCGAAAGUAAAGGGAAUUUAAUUUGCUAGCACUAUAUUUAACCCUAUAACUUUCCGAGACACCAUAAAACCUGUACAUGGGGGGUACUGUUCUACUCGGGAGACUUCGCUGAACACAAAUAUUAGUGUUUCAAAACAGUAAAAUGUAUUACGACGAUGAUAUCGCCAGUAAAAGUGACGUUUUUUGCAUUUUUCACGCACAAACAGCAUUAAACGGACAAUAUUAUUGCUAUGAUACUUUUUACUGUUUUGAAACACAAAUAUUUGUGUUCAGCGAAGUCUCCCGAGUACAACAGUACCCCUCAUGUACAGGUUUUAUGGUGUUUUAAAAAGUAACAGCGUCAAAUAUAAGGCUUGUGUUUCAUUUUUUUCACAUUAAAAUUAGCCAGAUUGGUUACGUUGCCUUUGAGACCCUAUGGUAGCCCAAGAAUGAAAAUUACCCUAUGAUGGCAUACCAUUUGCAGUAGUAGACAACCCAAGGUAUUGCAAACAGGGUAUGUCCAGUCUUUUUUAGUAGCCACUUAGUCACAAACACUGGCCAAAAUUGGCGUUUUUGCAUUUUUCACACACAAACAAAUACUAACGCUAACUUUGGCCAGUGUUUGUGACCAAAUGGCUACUAAAAAAGACUGGACAUACCCCAUUUGCAAUACCUUGGGUUGUCUACUAUUGCAAAUGGUAUGCCAUUAUGGGUGUAAAUUUCAUUCCCGGGCUACUAUACAGUCUCAAAGGCAACAUAACCAAUCUGGCGAAUUUCAAUUUCAAAUGUAGCGUGCUAUAUUUGACCCUGUAACUUCCCAAAACGCCAUAAAACCUGUACAUAGGGGGUACUGUUUUACACGUGAGACUUUGCUGAAUACAAAUAUGUGUAUUUUAUUGCAGUAAAAGCAAACAGUAUUAUGACACUGACCGUUAAAAUGUCACGUAGAACUAAAAAAAUCCAAAUAAAUCGUAUUUUCUCCCAUUUUUUUCACAUUAAAUUAUGUUUCAUAGCUAAAUAUUUGAUAUUAAAUGAAAGCCCUGUUUCCCCUGAAUAAAAUGAUAUAUAAUAAGGGUAGGUGCAUUUACUAUGAAAGAGGUGAAUUACGGUUGGACAGACAUGUAGCGCAAAUGCCAGGUUUUGUUUACAUUUUGUUUUGUUCACAACGUGUACAUUUGGCUCCGUCCUUAAGGGGUUAAAACAGCAGGUGAUAAGAAAAUCUUAAUUAAACAGAACUUGCAAUAAAGAAAGCCUAAAUAGGGCUCUCUUUACAGGAAGUGUUUAUGGAAGGCUGUGCAAGUCACAUGCAGGGAGGUGUGACUAGGGUUCAUAAACAAAGGGAUUUAACUCCUAAAUGGCAGAGGAUUGAGCAGUGAGGCUGCAGGGGCAUGUUCUAUACACCAAAACUGCUUCAUUAACCUAAAGUUGUUUAGGUGACUAUAGUGUCCCUUUAAUACAAAAUAGGUGAAUUAUGGUUUAACAGACAUGUAGUCAAAUUCCAUGUUUUGUUUACGUUUUAUUUUAAUCAAAACGUGUACAUUUGGUUCAGUCCUUAACACCUUCACGAUCGUUGACGGUUCAGGACAGUCAUUGGAAAAAUCCCCUUGAGGACCGGUAACAGUCCUGAACCGUCAUAACGGUAUUAUGUACUUACCUAAUCGCCGUCGUUCCCCUGGCGGCAAUCGCUGUUGCUCCCGGUGUGGGGAGACUGCCUGACAGCCCAGGCAGUCUCCCCAUAGCGAAUUAGGACCCCACAGCCAUGUGAUCGCUCAACAGAGGGAUCUGUGUGUCUGUAAAUCUGUACGUGUGUCAGUAUUUGUAUCUAUAUAUCUGUCCAUCAGUAUCAUUGUUUGCAUCUGUGACACUGUGUGUAUGUAUUUGCAUGUGUGUAUCUGUAUCUCUGUGAGUGUGUCAUAUCUUGGAUCUGUGUGUCAGUGUUUGUAUCUGUGUCUGUGCAUCUGUGUUUUUGUGUGAUUUUUGUAUAUCUGCAUCGGUGUUUGUAUCUGUGUAUCUGCAUUUGUGUCAGUGUGUCUAUCACCAAAGUGAGUAGCAGGGGGAGCUUGGAGGAGAAGUGAGUGCCUGGGGCACAGGAGGAACAGGGAGAGCACAGGGCAAAGGGAGUCUGGGGCAGAGAAAAGCAUAUAAACUUGAAAUAACUGCAACUAUAUUAAUAAUAAACUAUAUUAAUAAAAAACAUUUCACUGAUAUGAGGGGUACAAUUUAUGGAAAUGGGCUGCCAUGGGGUACUUAAAUGAAAAAAGGUUGGGAACCACUGAUCUAGAAGAUGGCUCUAUGUUUAUGACUUAACAUUUGUGUUCUUUAUUUUAGGUAAAACCAUUACCUGUAGCAAAGAACUCCCUGCAAAGAAUUUACGAACUUUGUGUGAAAGUUUAAGAAAUGUGUGCUCAGCCUCCAUGCAAUUUGCCGAACAAGAUGAACUACAAAGGAUGCGUGCUGAGUUACAAAUUCAAAUACUGGAGAAGGAAGAUGGGUGGUUUGACCAUGACACACAUACUGCAUCUCUUCCAGGUUCCACUCACAAACAUGAAUCCCAGGCAGAAAGCAUGGACAUUGAACAAUCCAAUAUGAAUGGGUGGGACAGAGUUCCUGAUGAGGCAUAUCAUCUGUUAGAUAGACUUCUUGAUAUGAAUCCAGCUACAAGGAUCACUGCAGAAGAAGCUUUAAACCAUCCACUUUUUCAUAUAGUCUGAUUUUUUUGUUGUUUUAUAAACGGCACUAUCUAAGCACAAUGCAGAAUUCAGAGUUUGGGAGGGGGCCGGUAAAGUUGGGUUCUAAAUCUGCCCCUCACCUGUGUAGCCAUAUUUUUCCAGCGGGUUCUCUUCAGCUUCAGGAGCCAACGUCACUGCUGUACUCUUGCGCAUGCGUGAGAGUCCUCUUCUGCUCCUGGCGCUUCGGAUCCAGGAGCCAAAAUCAGUACUGUACUCUGGCUCGUGCUCAAGCGUCCUCUUCAGCUCCUGGUGAAUUGACACUUUUAGAUGGCAUUAGCUUCACCCAAUGUCUAGAAGAAUCAGGCAGAGGAAAUAUACAGAGACAAAGUAGUCCCUACUUUGUCUAAGUAUAUCUGUUAAUUGAAUUGUAAUUUCAGUGAAACUGCAAUAUGAUCAAAAUGAGUAUUUCAUAAAGAUUCUAUCCUUACAAAGUACUAAUUUUUCAAGGGGGAUGACAAUGCCGCUUUAAUUUGCAGAUCACAAAUGUUAAGUGUAAUAUAGUUCAUCCAACGCCAGAUAUUUAACUUUUUACAUUUUUUUUAAAAUACAUUUUUGUAAAUAUAUUUAAAAUUGUAAUAAAGAAUGUGUAAUUGCUAAGUGUUUUUCUUUCAUUUUUUCUGUAAAGUCACAUCCUUAGUGCAAGAUUUUAAACUCUUUUUGAUUAGAUUUUAUUAAUUGCAGCUUUAGUUUACAGAUACUGACCAAUGUGCAUUCUUCUGGAAAUCUUUUAGGGAUUUGCCUUUUAUACACCUCACAUUUUUCUGAUACUGUCUGGAGAGAUCACAACAUUUAAC